CAUACAAUCACCAAAACUUCUGACUUUUGAAUAAUUUGAUUAAGUCAUAUAGUAAUAUAUAACAUUAUAACUUAUUCAAACCCAAUGAUGAAUAAAAGGUUCAAGUUUUAAAGCUUACAAAAAGAAAAAUUGUUUAGCCAAGCUGAUGGAUUUCUCACACAUCUUUCUCUUCUUCUUCCUCUUCUUCUUCCCCACUUUAAUCACAGCUCAAAGUUGCUCUGUUUCCAAGUGUAUCAACGAUGACUUCGCCAUCAGAUUCCCCUUUCGAAUUCCAGACCAGCAACCUGCAAGAUGUGGCUAUCCUGGUUUCAACUUAGCCUGCAACAAAGCGGGUGUGACGACUGUAAAUCUAUCAGCUUCUGAGUAUUUUUUGGUCAGGGGUAUCGAUUAUGCCACUCAACAAAUACAGCUCUAUGAUUCAGAUGAUUGCCUACCUGGAAGACUUCUUCAAGGCUUCAACAAAAUCAAUUUCUCAAACUCCCCAUUUAUGCCACUUUUUAGUCAGAAUAUUACCUUUCUAAGCUGCCCACCUCGGUUCACAAUGUCGCAUUUUCCCAUCAUUGAUUGUCUUAGCAAUUCAACAACCUCGAUUCUGGCUACUUCCUCAACGAGUUUUGUCAAGUCAAUGUCAACCUCUUGCACGAUCAUGAAAACUUUACCUGUCCCAGUUUCAAACCCAGAUGAGACCAAUCAAUUUUCAACCGACCUCAAUGGUGAUCUCGUGCUAACUUGGGACAGCCCUGCUUGCGGUAUCUGCGAAACAGAAGGCAGGCUUUGUGGGUACAAAAGCAAUAGCGGUCAGGGAAUUUCCUGUUUCGACAAAUACACAUCAGGUAAAGGCUCUGCCCUUAACUAUUUCCUAAGUUUAUGUUUAAACUAUACCAUACCUAAAAGCUCAAAAAUUCAUCUUUUACAAUCGGUGGAAAUUUCAGAGGAAAACAAUGGUCUCAGAGUGCUGCGGAUUAUCUGUGUGGUGAUUCUUCUUCCGACUUUGAUCUGUGUCUUUGGACUUGGCUGUUUUAUCUGCUUGGCAAAGUGGAGCUAUAGCCUUACAGACGGCAGAGGAAACCAAGUUCAGCAUAGGCAGCAAGUCAAUCCAGCAGGGUCUGAUUUAGAGGCACCGACCCGUUUGAGUGGUCUGAACGAAUCCACCAUUGAAUCAUAUCAAAAGGUAAUCCUUGGAGAAAGCCGGCGGCUCCCUGGCCCCAAUGGAACCACCUGCUCCAUAUGCCUUGGAGAAUACUUAACCAAAGACACAGUCAGAUGCAUUCCUGAGUGCAAGCAUUGCUUCCAUGUUGAUUGUAUUGAUCAAUGGCUUCGAGUCAACAGCAGCUGCCCUCUUUGUCGAAACUCUCCCAAUCCCUCCCCUUCUCAUUUAACUCCAAUCUCAUGAUCUUCCCAAUUCUUCUCAUGCACGUACAAACAAUACAACAAUGCAAAUACAAUGUACAUUGUGCAGAGAUUCAAGUAAUUUGACAACUAACAACCUCAGGUUCUCACUUCAUUUACUUCACUCAACCAUUACAAAUAGAGAAAACCCCACCACUUUGUGUGGCAAAAUAACCAUAAAGAAAUCACCAAAGAUGCAUGGCAGCAGAUUUUCAGGAAAUGGGACAACAAAGUGUAUAUAAAAGGCACUCAAGUCGUAAACCCCAGCUCAAAACAUAAACACCCACCAAGUGUUUGUAAACUUUUCCAAGUAAAAAAUGUCGGGAAUCUUCAAUAUUCGGUCCCUAGCCUUCGUGGCCGUGUUUACAUGCUCGCUGAUGGUGGUUCUGUCUCAGAAUGAGGAUCUGGAAAGUUGUGUACCGGUGGCACAGGCGCUAGCACCAUGUUUGGGGUUCAUCAAAGGCAACGGCAAACCAUCGGCGUCGUGCUGCAGUGGCGUUAAACAGUUGGCGCGAGAUACUAAAACGAAGAAAGAUAAAGUUGCACUGUGCGAAUGCGUCAAGAAGAGUUUGUCAGUGAUCGGAACUUAUGAUCCGAGUCGCAUCCCUUUGAUUCCAAAACAAUGUGGAGUUUCCGUCCAAAUUCCUCCCAUAAAAAAUUCCACUGACUGCUCAAAGGUUACAGGCUAUCAAUUUGGAAGUGCUUUGAUAUAUGAGGCUGGGGGUAUCCAUCAUCAUUGAGUCCAAUCAACAUAAACUAAGCAUAUCCCAUAUGAUGUUUCUGGGUUUCUUAAUGUUUCAAAAUAAGAUUGACAAUGUCAUGUAGUAGUCUUAAUAAUCCUAACAUUACAUGCUAAUAAUACUCUUAUAUGAUCUGUUAUAAAUAAAAAUUCUACGUACAUUAUUAUAUUCA